AUGGAGGACAACAACGUCGAAUCGGUAUUACAACUGCUUGAGAAGGGUGACGCUUCAGCCAAUGCACAUAUUCAACUCAUCCGAGCCAUGAAUUGGCAACAAUAUUCCAUCGGUCCCAUGUCGUCUUGGCCUCGAGAGCUAUCCACAAUUAUAUACCUGGUCAUGGUGGCACCUCAACCGCAAUGCUUGUUGAUUGGAAAAGAGAAUGUGCUGCUAUACAACGCGGCUUACGGAAAGAUGGUGCGAAGCCUUCACCCAGGCAUCAUGGGCCAACCUUUGGACACUAUCAAAGAAUGGCAAGGGUACGGAGCAAAGAUGGCUUCACAUCGACGAAAUGCAGCCUUGGUGCCUACCUAUUCUUGCCCAUCCUUUGUCAUACCAAUGAUGAACAACGGACGACUGGAAAAUGUGCAUCUCCAACUCGAUGUCUCGGCAUUACCACCGUCUCUUCAAGGCUUCCAUCUAUGCUUUGAGGAGACGACAGACUGCGACUUGCGAGAGCGACGACGAUCAACCGUUCGUGAGCUUUCAGAGAUCUGGAGUUCAGCAAGCGACCUGCCCUCGCUAUGGCCCAUUGUUCUGAAAAGUCUUGUUGAGAAUCCAGAAGAUUUCCCCAUUGCCGCCAUCUACUCCACAAGAAGGUUGCCCGAAUCACGAGGUCAUCAGGAACGAGCUGGAAGGCCACGAUAUUAUCUUGAGGGCUCUGUGGGCGACUUUGACGACAGUACUUUCGCACCUUACUUUGAUCUCGACACGACGAAUCCGUCUUUGCAGCCUCUGAGGCAAGCCGUCUCGUUCAAAUCUCAAGUCACGAUCAACAACCUACCCGAUGAAUGGUCCAAAGGAUCAUUGCAACGUGGUACUCGCGACCUUUGCACAGAGGCUGCUGUUCUACCGAGUAGUUUGACGCGUUACCAGGAUGUGGAAGCCUUGCUGGUCAUCGGGUUACCCACCAGAGCACUUCUUGAUGAGCCUCACCAACAACAUAUCAAGCACUUGCAACGCGAGUUUGCUGAUGUUGUCAACAAUUUGGUGGCAACAACAGAAGCAGCAUACAAAAGAAAAGAAGACGCCAGACGCAACCAGCUAGAAAAGGAUUUGCUCGCAAAGGAGCUGGCUCUUCGCCAACAAGAGGCAGAGUUGGCGACUACCUUGGCCGAAAAGGUGCUCAGCGUCAUUGACCAGGUCGACAUAGGAUUCUUUGAAUACAAAAGCACUGGAGAAUUGAUCCGAGCGAACGAGUGUUAUUACCGACUAAGCGGCUACCCUCGAGACUCUCCACCUGACAAAAAGCACAAAUUCCUUGAUCUAAUUCAUCCAGAUGACGUUAAUCUUGUUUCCAACUCAUGGAAAUCCAUGAUUGGAGGCCAAUGGCAAAAGUUUGAGCUGCGUUAUCGCAACGAUACUGAGGAAGGUCAAUGGGCACUGGCGGCCUGCCAGCCAGUCAAGGAUCGCAACGGCGUUGUCACAUCAGUCAUUGGUGCAGUCACCGAUAUCUCGACUCAAAAGAGAAGCGAGAAGAUCGCGCUCGAUCGAGCGGAAGCUCUAGAACAAGCCAGAGCCAGCGAGGAAAGAUUCAAGCGUUGCAUGGACAUUGCCCCUGUCGGGUGCAUGAUUGCAGACACUACCAAGGGAGUCCAAUACGUGAACGAAACAUGGUGGCAGCUCUCACAACACGCUCGCGUUCCGCUUGAUCAGAUUGACUGGAACACUGUCCUUCAUGAGGAAGAUUUGGACAUUGCAGAAGAAGGAUGGCAGGCCAUGCGGCGCGGUGAGCAGGUCACCUACUCUUUGCGACUCAAGAGACUUUGGUAUGACAGUGACGGUCAACCCCGAGGACCCGCUGAAGUAAUGGUCACUGCCCUGCCGGAGUGCGACGAUACUGGCAAAGUCAUAAGAGUCCUUGGAUUCACAAUCGACGUGUCUCAUUUCAAAUUUCAAGCGAGAAUGCAGCGAGUACGUAUGGAGGAAGCACUCGAAGCACGAAAGAACCAGGAAAGCUUUUAUGACACUGUGUCACACGAAUUGAGAAAUCCUCUAUCGGCUGUCAUCCACUGCGCGGAUUCGAUCAACGAUAGCCUCAUUGAGAUGCGAAAAUUGAUCAAGAACCUGGCUUGCAAGAUGAAGGACCCUUUAACCUUGGAAGAUGAAAUCAAAACUCUUCUUAACCACAUCACAAGCAGCAACGAAUCUGUAGAGACAAUUGCGACUUGUUCCGAUCAUCAGAGGCGCCUGAUCUCCGACAUUCUCUCCUUAUCAAAGCUCGACUCUCAGCUGCUUCAAAUCAAUCCUUCGCCUGUUCAUGCAGUUACUCUGCUACAGGAUGUCCGCAAGAUGUUUGGGAUCGAAGCUGGGCGGUUGGGCAUCACGCUGGAAAUCGCGACUCAUCCCUCAAUCGACCAACUCAAAGUCGACAAAGUCAACUUGGAUUCCGGCCGGAUUUUGCAGGUCCUGAUCAACUUGGUUGGCAAUGCCAUCAAGUUCAGCAAGAAUGAGCCAGGUCCCGGCCGCAUCAGAGUUGUCAUGGGUGCGUCUGAGAAGCGACCGCUUGACCUGCCAGUCGACUUUUCCUUCCACAAUCAAGAAUCAAUUUACGAAUCAUCUUCUGAGGGCCAGAAUGAGUUCUAUCUCUGGUUCACAGUUUCUGAUGCUGGACGGGGCAUGGCACCGGAUGAGAAGGCGCGCAUAUUCACGAGAUUUGCUCAAGGAUCACGCAAGACAUAUUCUGAGUACGGCGGCUCGGGUCUGGGCCUAUUCAUAUCACGCCAGCUCGUUGAAUUACAACAGGGAGAGAUUGGUGUCUCCUCUGAGCUCGGCAAGGGAAGUACGUUUGCAUUCUUCAUCAAUGCACCGCUCGUCCUAGAAAUUGAAGAAGCCGGUUCUUGUCCCUCGUUGAACUCAUGUCACACAUCGAAAGCCGAUUCAGCGAUUCAUGUCGUCAUGAGCGAUGUGACAGGCUCCAGCGAAAAGAUCAAGUUGCUUGUUGUUGAAGACAAUAUCCUCAAUCAACGAGUACUCAAAAAGCAACUGAUCAAGCAUGGCUACGAAGUCCAUGUAGCCAACAAUGGUCAAGAAGCCCUAGACUUUCUCACGAGUCCAACACAGAUGAUCCAGGUCGACUGCGUCUUGUUGGACAUAGAGAUGCCAAUCAUGUGUGGACUCACAGCGGCAAAACGAAUCAGAGAGUGGGAAAGACGAAACAGCACCACGAGCAACAGCAGCAGCGUGUCUAGACCAAGACUUUCCAGAGGAAGCAGCUUCAACUCUGUAAAAAGCACCUGCAGCAGCACCAUCGAGGAUAACAGCUACAACAGGUUACCCAUCAUUGCCAUCUCUGCCAAUGCUAGACCUGAACAGACGAAUGAUGCCAUCAUGGCUGGCAUGGACGACUCGAUUGCAAAGCCCUUCAGGAUUGCUGAUUUGAUCCCAAGGAUCGAUCAUCUUCUGGACAAGCGGACUGGUUCUGCUAGGACUUAG